AACAGUAGAAAACACCAUCCAUGCAGUGAAGGUGGUGUUUUAUUGCAGGCUUCCAAAACAUCUCAAUCCCUUUUAAAAAAUAUUAAUUUAAAAUGUUUGGCAAUACUUUUGAGCAACCGGCUGUAUCAUUGAUAUAUUGAUGAGUAUUGAUGUUUAGAUUUUCCUGCUUUUUCCUUGACAUUUCUCUCGUAUCUACAGUUUCGUUUCACAAGCUUUGAUUUAUGUUAUAAAUUCUGAAACACGUAUUCUUAAGUAUUUGGGCGAGCCAGUAAAUUUACAUCCCCACCAUGUCUGAUACAACAGAUCUAAAUCUGUUAAUGGAAAUGGGUUUUUCUGCAGCAAAAGCAGAGAAAGCAUUAAGUGCGACUGGUAAUAAAGGAGUUGAAGCUGCAAUGGAAUGGUUGAUAAUUCAUGCAGAAGAAAUGGAGACAGAAGAAAGUGGUGCUGCCGCUGAAAGUGAGAAAGCACCUGAAACUGAAACGGAUGCUGCUGAAGAAACAAUUGAAUUAAAUGAAGAAUCAGUUCCUCAACCAAAAUCGAUCAAAUGUGAUGAGUGCAACAAAAAAUUUCGCACUGAUUCAGAAAUUGAGUUUCAUGCUGUUAAAACUGGUCAUCAAAAAUUUUCUCAGUCUGCUGAAGAAAUUAAACCUUUAUCUGAAGAAGAAAAGCGUGAACAAGUUAAAAACAUUCAUCCAGAAAUUUCUUUGCCAAAAUCCGGCUUGUUAGAAGUUUUGAUUAAGCAACGGCGAGCAGAAAAAGCUGAGAAAGAGAAAAAAGAAGCUCUGGAGAAAGAAAAAACUAGAAGGAAGACAGGACAAGAAAUAACUCAUGUUAGACAAAAGAUUCAAGAAGAUGAAAUGAAACGCUUAGCUGAAUUAAAAAGACAAGAGAAAUUAGAAGCAAAAAUCGCUAGACAAAAAGUAUUAGAACAAAUCGAAAGAGACAAGCAGGCAAGGAGAGAGAAGUUUGGAAUGCCUAACCCUAAUACAUCCACUCCAAGUGCUCCUUCUGCACCUGCUCCUGUUCCUGUUGCUCCUAGUAUCUCAUAUGAUGAAUGCAAACUACAGAUUCGACUAACUAACGGACAAUGUUUGACCCAAACUUUUAAACCAAAUGAAGAAUUAGCUGCUGUCAGAUUAUAUGUUGAGAUGAACAGAACAGAUGGCGAUGGCCCAUUUACACUCAUGACUAAUUUUCCUAAGAAAGUUUUCACUUCUAGUGAUAUGAACUGUCCUUUGAGUGAAUUAGGUUUAGUGCCAUCAGCUGUUAUAAUUGUGAGCAAGAACGUUUGAUAGGUCUACAUUCUCUUUAACUGUCUUGUAAAACUUAUUCACAAUUCAUUACAAUAAUUUACUUUGUCUAUUUUUUCUAUUUAUUUGUAGCACUUUUUACAUUUUCUUUGGAAUUUGUAAGGAGUCAACUUUUUACAUUUCAACUCUGACUCAACUGGGAGAUCAAUUAUAUAUAUAAAUAUGUAAAAGUAAUAUAAGUAUGAAAUUUUUUUUAACAAAUUUAUAAUAUGCUGUGCCUUAAAAGAAGCAUGCUUUCUUAUUGUUUCAAUAUUUAAAUUAAUUCUUUUUGAAUUGUGAAAGUUAAUUUUUUAAUGCUUUUUUAAAAUUUGUAAUUCUAUUUCCCAUUACUUUUUUUAAGAUAACGAAUAACUUUAAAAAAAAAUUAUGUACUUUCUGUUGAUUAAAGUUGUUUAAUUAA